GAAAUAUUAAAUUCUAACGCGUUUGCCGGUAUAGAGGGAAAGACACGUUUUGGUGUAAGUUGAUCAACAAGUUGUUGCUUUUCUGUGUGAUCCACAUUCCCCGAUUGAUCGCCCCACAGUGAGAGUAAAUUUCAAUAAAUUUUAUAAUAAUUCUUUAUCAGAAAAUCUUGAUCAUUUCUCCAAGUUGGGAGCCACACAUUCCGUCGCAGUCUUGAGUGAUCUUUCGAGUGUUGAGGACACGCAUUACAGUGAUUUAGUAUUUCGAAAUGGCGUCCGGUAAAUUGGCCUUGAUUAGUGUAUCCGACAAGACGAAUUUGAUCGUUCUUGGGAAGCGUUUGCAGUCGCUUGGAUUGAAAUUAGUUGCCAGCGGGGGAACAGCAAAGAAUCUUCGUGAGAGCGGAUUGGCGGUUAAGGAUGUGUCCGAUAUAACGGGAGCUCCUGAAAUGUUGGGUGGUCGCGUAAAGACCCUCCAUCCAGCAGUUCAUGGAGGAAUUCUCUCCCGGGACACUCUCUCCGAUCAAGUUGAUCUGCAGAAGCAGGGCUAUGAGCUCAUUCAGAUUGUCGUCUGCAAUCUCUACCCAUUCGUUGAUACAGUCUCAAAGCCUGGAGUAACGCUAGCAGACGCCGUGGAGAAUAUUGACAUCGGUGGGGUGACGCUUCUGAGAGCUGCAGCGAAAAAUCACGCGAGGGUGACUGUUCUCUGUGAUCCCUGUGAUUACGACGCUGUCUUCCAGGAAAUUGAAGUUCAUGGAGACACAAAGCUGGAGACAAGACAGAGAUUGGCCCUAAAAGCUUUCACGCACACCGCUGCCUACGACGAUGCCAUCUCUGACUUCUUCCGGAAGCAAUACUCCACGGGUGUGUCCCACCUACCCCUUCGCUAUGGAAUGAACCCACAUCAGAAGCCAGCUCAGAUCUUCACCACGCUCAGCGAGCUACCCCUGAAAGUGCUCAACAGCUCUCCUGGCUUCAUCAAUCUCUGCGAUGCCCUCAAUGGUUGGCAACUUGUACGUGAACUGAAGGCUGCUCUCAAUCUCCCCGCUGCCACGAGUUUCAAGCACGUGUCACCCGCUGGAGCUGCCGUGGGGGUACCGCUAUCUCACGAGCAAGCACAGUUGUGCAUGGUGGAUGAUAUUUUUGAUUCCCUGACCCCCGUGGCGACAGCAUACGCAAGAGCACGUGGUGCUGAUCGUAUGUCGUCAUUUGGUGACUUUGUUGCACUCUCCGAUCCAUGCGACGUGGCCACUGCUAAGAUUAUCUCACGUGAAGUCUCAGACGGAAUUAUUGCACCGGGCUACGAUCCCGAAGCUUUGGAGAUUCUCAAGAAGAAAAAGAAUGGAGCUUACUGCGUCCUCCAGAUUGAUCCUACCUAUGAGCCCUGCCUCUUGGAGAGAAAGACCUUGUUUGGAUUGCAGAUGGAGCAACGUCGCAAUGACAUCAAGAUCGACGACAGUCUCUUUAAGAAUGUCGUGACUAAAGAUAAGAAUCUCUCUCAGGCCGCGGUUAGAGAUCUCAUUGUUGCCACAAUCGCUCUCAAGUUCACCCAGAGCAAUUCUGUGUGCUACGCAAAGGAUGGUCAGGUGAUUGGAAUUGGUGCUGGGCAGCAAUCCCGUAUCCACUGCACCCGCCUAGCUGGAGACAAGGCUGACAACUGGUGGCUACGUCAGCACCCUAAAGUUAUGGGCAUGCAAUUCCGGAAGGGAGUGAAACGGGCUGAAAUCUCAAAUGCCAUCGAUAACUACGUGAACGGGACUGUAGGGAAGGAUAUGCCGCAUUCGCAAUUCGAGGCUAUGUUCGAUAAGGCGCCUAGCGCUCUAACGCCUGAGGAUCGUGCUAGUUGGUCUAGUCAAUUGUCCGGCGUCUCCCUAGCGUCUGAUGCUUUCUUCCCAUUCCGGGAUAACAUUGAUCGUGCUCGUCAAUCGGGUGUCUCCUACAUUGCUAGCCCAUCUGGCUCUACAAACGACGCGGGCGUCAUUGAGGCAUGCAAUGAGCACGGAAUGGUUCUGGCUCACACCAACAUCCGGCUCUUCCAUCACUAAAUCUACUCCCAUCCCUCAAAUUAUUAUUUUUUGUUUUGUUUUACAUCAUUCCUUUAUUGUGAAUUCAGAAAAAUAUAUAAGAAAAUGUGAAUAAAAAUUAAUGAAGAAGAAA